AGUGAGUGACUUGGCCCAUUGCAUGUAUUGGUUUGUCUGUAAUCUGCGCAGAUGCCACGUUAACAUGUCCAAUUCAAUUUCAAUGUGUCAACUAUUUACAGCAUGAGAGGAUAUGGAUGUGCAGCUAACCAAAUCGUGCUGACGUUAUGAUAGUAAAGCUGUUCAGCGUAUAGUAUUCUGAUAUGCACGUGCAUGGAUAAAUACCAAUUAGAUAUAUUGUCGCUAAAUUAAGGAAAUAAUGUUUAGGCAGAGUAAAACAGUUCUCCAGAAACUUCGAAAUCUACGUUUCCAGGGGCAGAAUCCUUCAUGGAGGUUCAGGAGCACCUCAGCAACAGAGAGGGCAUUGCAGUACCAGGCAGGACAGAAGAUCCAUGGCUUCACAGUUAAGGAGGUGGUUACUGUUCCUGACCUGUUCCUUACAGCUGUCAAACUGACCCAUGACAACACAGGCGCCCAGUAUCUACACGCAGCUAGAGAUGACAAGAACAAUCUCUUUAGUGUUCAGCUCAGGACGACCCCGAUGGACAACACAGGGGUUCCACACAUCCUGGAACACACAGUGUUGUGUGGCUCAGAGAAGUACCCCUGCAGAGACCCCUUUUUCAAGAUGCUCAACAGAUCCCUCUCCACCUUCAUGAACGCAUUCACAGCUAGUGAUUUCACUAUGUAUCCAUUCUCCACACAAAGGAAAGACUUCCAGAUACUCCUCUCCGUGUAUCUGGAUGCAGGUUUCCUUGUCUACGAGACUGAUUUUUGGCAGGAGGGAUGGAGACUGGAGAAUGAAGACCCUACAGAUCCUACUUCCCGCCUGGUCUUCAAAGGAGUUGUCUUCAAUGAAAUGAAGGGCCUUUUGUGAUCAGACAACGAGGGUAUAUUCCAGCACCUGCAGAACAAGCUGUAUCGACACACAUACGGUGUGGUGUCUGGAGAACCCCUGGCCAUCCCUGACCUCUCCUGGGAACAACUGAAGCACUUCCACGCUACACACUACCACCCAGCAAUGCAAGUACAGUUCUUCACCUAUGGGGAUCUGCCCUUAGAGCAGCACUUGAAACAGAUCCAGGAGGAGGCUCUGUCCAAGUUUGAGCGCACUGAGCCUGACACUGCUGUCCCUAACCAACCCCACUGGGACAGGCCUAGAGAGGACCAUGUGACCUGCAGUCCCGAUGCUAUGGCUCCUGAUGCAGCCAAACAGAACACGCUGUGUAUGAGCUACCUGCUAGGAGAUAUCACAGACACAUUUGAGGGCUUCACCCUGAGCCUGCUGUCCUCUCUGAUGAUCUCUGGACCCAACUCUCCCUUCUACAAGACCCUCAUAGAACCCAAGAUAGGAACAGACUUCUCCUCUGUCGUAGGAUAUGAUGGGAGCACCAAAGAGGCAUCAUUCAGCAUAGGCUUGCAAGGAAUGGCUGAGGAAGACACUGAGAAAGUCAAGCAAAUCAUUGUCCAAACCAUUGAUGAGAUCAUUGCUUAUGGAUUUGAGGAGGAGAGGAUAGAGGCCCUGCUUCAUAAGAUUGAAAUCCAGAUGAAACAUCAGUCUACCAGCUUCGGGUUGUCACUGGCUUCAUACAUAGCUUCCUGUUGGAACCAUGAUGGAGACCCGGUCCAGCUGCUGAAGAUCAGCGACAGUGUGGCCCAGUUCAGACAAGCCCUGAAGGACAACCCUCGCUUCCUCCAGGAGAAAGUCCUACACUACUUCAAGGACAACACUCACAGGCUGACUCUGUCUAUGAGUCCUGAUGAGGCGUACCUGGAGAAACAGGUCAAAGCAGAGGAGGAGAAACUCCAGAAGAAGGUACAGGCUUUGUCUGAGAGUGACAAGAAAGACAUCUAUGAGAAAGGUCUUGAGCUGCUAUCGGUUCAGAGCAAGAUCCAGGAUGCCUCAUGUCUCCCUGCCCUGAAUGUGUCUGACAUUGAGCCAACGAUAGCAGUCACACCUGUAGAGAUGGGCACUGCAGGAGGCGUCCCAGUGCAGUACUGUGAGCAGCCAACCAAUGGGAUGGUCUACUUCAGGGCUAUGUGUAGUCUCAACACCCUCCCUGAAGACCUCAAACUAUAUGUGCCCCUCUUCUGCAGUGUCAUCACCAAGAUGGGCUGUGGAGGGCUGGACUACAGGCAGCAGGCCCAGCAGAUGGAGCUGAAGACAGGAGGCAUGUCCAUCUCCACAUCAGUCAACCCUGACUACUCUAACAUGGAUAUGUAUGAACAGGGAGUCCUCCUCUCAUCUUCCUGUCUGGAGAGGAAUCUUCCUGAUAUGUUUCACCUGUGGAGUGACAUAUUCAACAGCCCGCACUUUGAUGAUGAGGAGCGUCUGCGUGUGCUGGUCAUGAUGUCGGCUCAGGAACUAGCCAAUGGGAUCUCUUACUCUGGUCACAUGUACGCCAUGACGAGGGCGGCUCGCAGCCUGACCCCAACAGGAGAAUUACAGGAGAUCUUCGGAGGGAUGGAGCAGGUCAAGUUCAUGAAAAGGAUUGCGGAGAUGCCAGACCUCACCCAAGUUCUACGGACACUUCCUAGAAUAAAGAGACACAUUCUCAACCCACUGAACAUGAGAUGUGCGGUCAACUCAACGCCUCAGAAGAUGUCUGAUGCCGCUGGACAGUUGGAUAACUUCAUGUCUAACGUUGCUUCCAAUAAGAAGGAUCGCAAACCCGUCCGGUCCGAUAUCACUGAGAGACCUCUUGACCCACUGGCAGCUCCUGGAUCUGGCCCAAGUAGAAAACUAAUCACUGAGCCCAACUUCAAGCCCUGCCAGAUGAAGACAUUUUUCCCAAUGCCCUUCCCAAUCAACUUUGUCAGCGAAUGUAUCCGAACCGUGCCCUUCACCCAUGAGGACUAUGCGAGCCUGAAUAUCCUGUCCCGGAUGAUGACUGCUAAGUACCUGCACGGCGAGAUCAGAGAGAAGGGUGGGGCCUAUGGUGGAGGGGCCAGGGUGGGAGGAGGACUAUUCACCUUCUAUUCAUACAGAGACCCCAACUCGGUGCAGACUCUGUCAACCUUCCGUAAGAGUGUGGACUGGGUCAGAUUAGGACAGUUUACCCAGCAGGACAUCGACGAGGCCAAGCUGUCUGUGUUCUCAGCCGUGGACUCCCCCGUCGCCCCCUCCAAUAAAGGUAUGGGCCGUUUCCUGAGUGGAAUCACAGAUGAGUUGAAACAGGCCCACAGAGAGAGACUCUUCGCUGUCACAGACAAGAGCCUGGUCAAUGUGGCUGGGAGAUACCUUGGCAUUGGACAGAGGACAUGUGGAGUUGCUAUUCUUGGUCCUGAGAAUGACACCAUCAAGAAAGAUCCGUCAUGGGUGGUAAAAUAACAGGACAUCAGGGAAAAUUAUCCACAUGUAUCUUCUCCAAUUAAGAGACUUCAGAUGCACUGUGUUUGAUGGUAAACAUCAGUGGUACUUGAUUGUCCUAAAAAACUGGACUAUUGCUACAGUGUUAUAAUAUACAUUUAUUAUUGAAUUAACCAGACAGUUGCUUUGGUUUUUGAUGUUGUUACGGCUCUGUGUUACACAAAGUUUAAUAUUCCAUUGAGGUAUGUGUGUAAAGCUAUUUUGUAGGCAAACUGAAUGCGCACAACAGUAAACAGAUAAUCUCAUAAAUAAUAUCACGUCUAACCUCACCUGAAUACCAUAUUCAUAAUGUAUCAAAUAUGACAACGUACAUUUCAUUCAAUACGUCAGAAUUUCUUUAUGGCAUAGAACCCUACCUCUGGCUUCAGAAUGUGUACAAGUAUGUACACCGAUGGCUUCUGUUUACUGAAAUAUUGUAUUUCUAUAGAGUACAUAUGUAUAUGAAAAUAUGACCAUUAAAUUAUCAUGAUGUUGUAAUA